AUGGCGGGAUGGAAUCGCUCCCUGGCAGGCUUCUGCACGCCGUGCCUGCAGGAAUGCCUGAAGCCCAAGAAGCCGGUGUGCGGGGUGUGCCGCAGCACCCUGACACCUGGCAGCAGAGCUCUGGACUUGGAAAAGCAGAUUGAAACGACAGAAACCACGUGCAACGGCUGCAAUAAAAAGAUGUUCCUGUCCAAGAUGCGCAGCCACGCCGCCUCCUGCUCCAAGUACCAGAGCUACAUCAUGGAGGGGGUGAAAGCUGUCACCAAGGAGCCCCUGCACAACAGCAGGAGCUUCCCAAAUCGCUUCACCUUCCCUUGCCCAUACUGCAGUGAGAAGAACUUUGAUCAAGAAGGGCUGGUUGAGCACUGCAAAGCUUUGCACAGCAUGGAUGCAAAACAAGUGGUUUGCCCGAUUUGUGCCUCAAUGCCCUGGGGAGACCCCAAUUACAGGAGUGCCAACUUCAUGGAGCACCUGCAGAGACGGCACCGCUUCUCCUACGACACCUUUGUGGAUUAUGAUGCUGAUGAGGAUGAUAUGAUGGCACAGGUUUUGAUGCGCUCUCUGCGGGAUAAGUGA